CUUAUGCUUCGAGGCUCCUCGGGGAGAAGAAAAGAGCUCAGUGUCUCAUCUCUCUUUCUAACUCACUUGGAUAGAAAGCGGCCAGGUGAGGCUUUGGGAUUUUGGAGCAACCUAAUGCUCACCUCCCAUGACAAGAUGUCUACGGCUCCAUUGGUGGCAACGAAUACAAUUUUGUACGAAUUUACAAAUGCCACAGAACCCUUGCCCCAUGGAGAGAGCAACCACUCAAUGGACGAAAUGUGGCUCGAAGAGGUCCCCCUUGGUUUGGGAAUCCUCUGUGUCAUUUACGUGGUGUACGCCACCAUCAUCUCGGUGGGUCUCCUGGGUAACCUGAUCCUCAUCAAGGUCUUCUUCAAGAUCAAAUCCAUGCAGACGGUGCCCAACAUCUUCAUCACCAGCCUGGCCUUCGGGGACGUGAUCCUCCUCCUGACCUGCGUCCCGGUGGAUGCGGCCUGCUACAUGGUGGAGACCUGGCUCUUUGGGAGGGUCGGCUGCAAGAUGCUCUCCUUCAUCCAGCGCACCUCCGUCGGGGUCUCCGUCUUCACUCUGACGGUACUCAGUGCAGACAGGUACAAGGCAAUUGUCAAGCCGUUGGAGCUUCAAAGGGCAGAUGCCGUCCUGAGGACCUGCUUGAAGGCCACUUGCGUCUGGGUCGUCUCCAUGCUGCUGGCUGUUCCAGAGGCCGUGUCCUCCGAUCUGUAUGCUUUCCACCUUCCGGAGAGAAACAGCUCCUUUGAGACCUGCGCCCCUUACCCGGUCUCUGAAAGGAUCCUGCAGGAAGCUCAUUCCCUGGUCUGCUUCCUGAUAUUCUACAUCAUCCCGCUGGCCAUCAUAUCCAUUUACUAUUUCCUCAUUGCCAGAACGCUGUACCAGAGUACAUCCAACAUGCCGGCAGAAGACCAAGGCCAUGCUCGGAAGCAGAUCGAAUCCCGCAAGAGGGUUGCCAAAACAGUCCUGGUCUUGGUCGGCUUGUUUGCUCUCUGCUGGCUCCCAAACCACAUCCUCUACCUGUACCGCUCCUUCACGUACCACGCCUCCAUCGACACCUCUGCUUUCCACUUGGUGGCCACCAUCUUCUCCCGGGCCUUGGCCUUCAGCAACUCCUGCGUCAACCCUUUUGCGCUCUAUUGGCUCAGCAAGGGCUUCCGCCAGCAUUUCAAGAAGGAGGUGAUGUGCUGUAAGCGCAAGGCCCCCGCCACACGCCGCCCGAGCAUCACCCAGAACUAUACGCCAACCAGGACGAUGUCGGUGACUGGCUCUGAAAUCAGCGUCACUUUCCUCACGGAUUACAGCAUCACAAAAGAAGAGGAGAGUGUUUAACUCCGUUGGAUUUGAGAAGCAGUGACGAGUUCCGCCGCGCAAGGAUGCUGAGAUCCAGACCAAAACUGGAGCGACACCCGAGUCAGAUCUCUGCAUCUGUACACUGCCAUGUAAUGCCGGUUAACUGCUUUGAUAUGUAUUACAUGGCAGGGUGUAAUCCACUUCAAUGCAGUGAAACUAGGCAUGGGCAAACUUUGUAACUUGGGGGCU